AUGAUCACACAUGAACAAGAUCCUGACGUUGUUCGCUGGGGUCUUCAGUUAUUUGAUGGGGAUCCUUACUCUAAUAGCAGCUAUUAUGGCAGUCUUCCACAGAAUAGUACAGCUUGUUAUGAAAAUCAUUAUAUCACCGAAUUUAACGGUGCAGAGCACAGUGAGCUUACUGCAAACUCUCUUCAAGAGCAAUUUUCUCAGUUUUCACUUUCCGAACAAUCCCCAAAUUUCCCAGAUGGUGUAGGAAAUGCACAGGCAUCUUUUUAUCAACAAGAUUGGUUUGGCCCACCUGUGGCGAAUUACACCUUUGGUGAGGAUAGUGGUGAAGUAGCUUCAGACUUGAUAACUUCCAGGAGAUGUCCAAGCCCUGAAGGAGAGUCUUACUCUGGACAAUGGUCAUACUCAUUGGAACUAAUGGAUGAGUAUGCUCUGGAUGGCGAGUUGGGCAAAAGGUUGAACCAAAUGGUUCCAAUUCCUCACAUACCUAAGAUUAAUGGAGAAAUACCAUCACUUGAUGAAGCAACAUUAGAUCAUCAGAGGCUACUGGAGAGGUUGCAGGUAUACGACCUGGUGGAGUGUAAGAUUCUAGGUGAUGGUAAUUGCCAGUUUCGUGCUCUGUCAGAUCAAUUUUACCGGACUCCUGAACAUCAUGAGUUUGUUAGACAGGAAGUUGUUAAUCAGCUAAAGUCAUGCCCUGAGACGUAUGAGGGAUACGUUCCCAUGGCUUAUGAUGACUAUCUGGAAAAGAUAUCCAAGAAUGGUGAGUGGGGUGAUCACGUGACUCUGCAAGCUGCUGCAGAUUCGUAUGGUGUAAAAAUAUUUGUCAUCACAUCAUUCAAGGACACCUGUUACAUUGAGAUACUACCGAGUACUCAAAAAUCUGAACGAGUUAUUUUCUUGAGCUUCUGGGCGGAGGUUCACUACAAUUCCAUCUAUCCUAAAGGAGAUAUUCCUAAAUCUGAAACUAAAAGGAAGAAGAGGCGUUCAUUGCCUCAGCAACAACACCUUGAACCUCCAGAUGAAAGUAAAUGA